AUGUGCCUGGUUGGCGCGACCGAAUCCCACUAUGGCGCCACGACUUUUAUGUUUGUAGUGGAGAACGACCGCAUAUGCCGAAGGUCCGCGGUCUCCGUCGGCGAAGGUGGGCGCGUCUCAGCGAAGGCGAUGCGGAGGCCCGUCCCGGCAGCAGUUGUCCAACGGCGUACCAAGCAGAGCCUCGUCUCGACGAUGCCGGCGCAGUGUUUCAUCCGACCAAACAUCCAGCGGAGUCCGCAGUACACUGUGCACUCGGCACAAGCGCACAGCGCCCUCACCUGGUUUAGCCCGCCGGUCGAGGCGGUUGCCCGGGGUGUGGCCGCUGAGCAGAGCCCAGCUACGUGGAGCCACAGGUGAGAGUUGGAUGCCAGCAAAUGGACGCUAGGCGUAGUCUCACCUGCAAGCAAGUGAGCGACCACUACGACCUUCACGUGAACCCACCGCUGGACACCCCUACACCCCGACAAGGCCGACAACCACACACACACACACACACCGCAACGCACAGUAACAUCACGCCAACGUAAUCACACCAAUUCAAAAUAAGUAAGUAGGUCAACAGUAUUUUGUCUAUCAGAUGUGGCUAGAUAACCACAUCCUACCUUGGGCUUUUCACAUGUUAUGAACAGAGUAUCUUUCUAGUCUUGCAUUUCGUCCCUCUAAGCUGACAAAGUGUGGACCCGGUAGUUUACGUGAUCGGAGUAUUUUACCUAAAAACGUUCAAACCGCGUGUCAGCAGGCGUCCUGUGUUGAGAUAUCUCUACACGAUGAUAACUCUCAAGCAGAAGAUGGAAUGUGGGAUUUUCAUAGUCUCGAUUAAUGAUUCUCCCUUUCUCCACAGUACUUAACUCAAGUUCUAUGGGCAAUGACGCUUCAUUUGCUAUCUGCAUUUAUAAUUAAGCAGGGUACGGUACAGCAAGCAAGGAUCUCCGGUAAAUUCUUGUCAUGCUUGUGCAAAAAUAUAUCACUCUGAGAUCUACGUAGAUACCAUAAAAGAGGGGUCGGCAGCUCCUCAAGCAGGAACGGUCCGGCAGGUUUUCGGAGUGAAGUGUGUGUUCGUGAAUAUGGAUCAGAUUACUAGAGUAUCAUAUGGCCGUUGGUCGUCGACAGAUUUUCAGGCGGUCACAGCGAUUGUACGGCCCCGACAAAAUUCUUUUGAACUUGCGGAAAUGCCCAAAGAAAGAAUCGGAAGACCUUUGGGCAAUUUUACGUUUGCUUUGGACACAAUUGUAAUCCGAGAACAAUGAGCUGGACUGGCACAUUGACUUCGCCUUCGUUCUGACCGACAACCGAUACCGAAAGGGUUUUGCUGUUAUAUUGGUGUUUCCAGACAACCUGAAGGGUUUUAUUGACGUCAACAUAUUUGGCACCUGUACAUCGGGUGAACAAAAGAAGGCAAGUGCAGGAGGUUUCGAGUGAGGCAGCGGAGUAAAGAUUUUCCUCCUCUGUAUUUAUAGGUGACGCCCUAAAAACCGAAUUAUAUCCCUCCUUCGAGCAUAAAAUUAGAAGAAGACGUAUUUAUAUACCGAAUGAGCAAAAUAAUGAAUAUUUUUAUGCAUGUUUUCCAUGAAAUAUAAUUGGAAAUUUAGGCGUAUCGAAAAUCAAUGAGAAAUUUUUAUGUCACUUAAGUAAUCAAUUUCUACAGAGUGUAGCUUUUGCAUGCAGCCGGAGGGAGGUUUAUUCGAAGGCCGGCAUCCUGAGGUAAUGGAAGUAUCAUAGAAUUAUGCUGCAUAGUGAUUAAUUUUACAACGCCACAUAAGUAAUCUUUUCGAAACAAAAACGCAUUUCGGGAUUUCGGUUGACAUUUCAGGAGUUAGCCCCCCCGAGAAAGGCUAACGUGGCGAGAAUCCCACUGAGCAAGUGCUAACUCGUUCUAUCGGCGUAGCUUUGCUCCGCGAUGUCGUUCAAGAUGGUUGCUUGUCCCCAUCCCACCCUCACCUCCCUGUUUGGACUUUUGCAGCACUGAAAGCAGGAGCAAAGGUCUCAUUCGAGCGUCCCUUCGCUGUUCUUCUAUAGGCAUCAUGUUAAAAAAGACAUGGGGACCUUAUUUUGGCUGACAGUUGUGACACUAUCUGAAGGAUUUAUUUCUCCUCUAUAGGUAUGUUCACUGCUCCAAAUCCAUCCGUUCCCGAACUUACUGACAGCACACGCUAACCGAUCCUUCGUUUGAAGUAGUAAGUGACGGUUGAUGCGUCAUUUACGCCCUGUUUGUUGAUGAAGCACGCUCACGGCUUUUAUAGUUGCGCCCACACUAUAUAACUACCUCGCAUGGAGCCUGUUGACGAAACAAAUACUUGCUUUCUUAGCGCACAACACUUAAAGGCUAUUUGCGCACCUAUGUAACGUGAAAAGCACAACUGUUUGGACUAUGCCCACAAUAAGCUCCAACACUGGUACAGCGCCUAGAAGGUCGACAGUUACCUGGGAGGAAAAUCGGAAGGAAAAGUAAAUCCUAACUCUAACCAUUUGAAAGUCCGUCUUAUCAAUAAUAUCCCCAGCAUUACGAUGAACACUAACGCCCUGUAAAACGAGCAGGAACGAGCUGAUGUAUCGGACUCCUGCUUCUACGAUACUCAUUCAGAAGUGCAGUACGACUAUGCCAAAAAACCUUUUGUUAACUUUCAGCCAAAAUUACUCCAUAAUGAAACUGGACCUCUCACGGACGCUGUUUUAGUGCCUUCCCAUCGGAAAUCGUUUUGCACAUUUGACAUUGAUUUAAGCCAAAAAUAACCAGUUAUUCGAGACUUUCGUUUUUUCAUUUGUGUAAACCCGACAACUGCUGAGAGAAAGCAAAAUUAAAUGAUUUUUACGGCGUGAUUACUUUCGACUAUCAUAAAACAGCCUUGACUGAACACGCCUAUCAGCUGACAGCCAAAAUGAAUAUUAAGUUUUACGAUGGACAACAUUGCUGCAACAUGUCAAAUAUGUCCACCGCCGAAGUGGAUGUGACCAUUUAAUUGUUUCAACAAGCGUCACGGGACCUUCUUUCAACGUUGGUCACACUCGGAAGCACACAAGAAGGGCCCAUGAGCGCACAUGAAGGAACUUUUGUUGCUGUUGUUUGCUACCGUUUGCCAUUGCCGUCGACGAUGCUAACUGUCAGACAAUAGAAUGAAAGUGUACAUAAGCGGCUUCAUUUUGGACACAGUGUGCUUACUGUGUACUGUCAGGCGACUUAAACUUGGGGUUAGCUGUUGUCAUGGAUUCUAAUUUCGCCCAAACUAUCAGCAGUUGCAAAAUGGGACGUGAUGCUUACAAAUUCUCCGUGCUCUGGUCUGCUAUUGAAGGUGUUCAAGGCUAGACUGAAAGAGGCAUUUUAAAGCUCUGGGAUUUGGAUCAGCCAAAAUGUCCAUUUCCAAUGAGUCUAGGUGGGCAUUGCAGCGUUUUUAACAGGAGGACUGGAAUUCAGGUGUUGAUGCAGUAAGAACCUAUCUUUCGAUCGUCGGGAUGUUUUGGGUACGGGGAAGCAUAAGAAUUGUUGACAAGUAUGAUGCUUUUUUAAAAUUGUAUAAUUACUGCAUUUUAGUUGGAUACGGUCGGAAUUAUGGUUUUCCAGGAGCUAAAAGUAGGCAUUCUACGUUGCUUAAACUACAGUUUUUUCCAUGCCACUUGGCCUUAAUAGCUUUUAAUGACGUGAAAAUAUAUAGGAGCUGUGAAGAGCAUUGCAUGCUGGUAGGACAACGUUGAGGGCCGGCCUCCGAUGAUUACAAGAUGACUGCUAAGAUGUUAGUCAAAAUCUUCUCUUGAUCCGCAUAAUCGUUGGUUUCAUGAAACAGUCGAGCGUCCAUGACACUUAGUUGCAACAGCUUUACUUGCGCUGGCGCGCUACGGAAAAUGGCCUUCGGACAAUUGUGCUAUUUUCUUUGGUGUUUCCCUUAUAGUUGGUUUUGGUCAAGGUAAGCGAACGCUGGUCCUCUGCCUGCCCGAUUUUGUACUCACUAGUGACCUCGUUUUCGCCGUCAUCAUUCUUAUCAUUAUCAUCAUCAUAAGCAGUCAAUCGUUCGUUUUUCACACAUUGGGUGCGAGGCGCACUAGCGUCCGUGAUCUCUUAAGCCACCGCCCAAGCGCUGGCAGGGUUUUUAAAUACCCUAAAUUACACACCCAUCUGCAAAAUGCAAAAAUAUUGUAUGUCUAUUUUUUGGAAUUUCUUCCCCACAUGUCUUCAGCGCGUGCCCCAAGUAAGCCUAAGAAGCACAAUACUCCAUGGAAACGCAUUUAAUUUCAGAAAGUUACUUUGAUUAUACGUCAAGUAGCUCCAACUCGCGGGGUUUUCCAUGCCUACUGGAAGAAAUCAUGUGUUGCUAGUAGAGUUUGAAUUGGCCAAACAAACCGUUAGCCGAGUCGCGACUACAUUUGAACUUAUGAGCACUACAGCCUGUGGUAAGAUAAUAUUUUUAACGCCUUUUGGGUUUCCUGUCUGACAUAUUUUGGGUUCUCGGACAAUAAAAAAGGCAAACAUAGGUCUCACCUUUAUCCUUUUUUAACGGUUAUGCCUUUACCUAAAGCAACAGCCAGUCAAUUUUGUUUUCACAACCUCCCACCUACCCGCGCUAACGGCAUGGACUUGAAAGGGCAUUUUUGAUUGUGGCUUUCGUGCCAAGAAGGCGGUAAUUCUGGCGACGCCUCAAAGAGAAAAUACUAACUUGCAUUUAACCCGUAAAAGGCGUUGAGACUGUUCACAAAGACUGGCGGAAAGUCGUCCGGAUUUAGCUAGAUUCAGGACUUUAGGUAGAUGCUGCGCGGGUUGUCUUAGAUGGUCACACAUCUGCCGGUCACUGGUGCUAUUCGUGUCCUCCAACAGCCUCCUCAAGAAUGCCACGGUACUAUGUGGUGUCACAUUGUGCUGAUUUGUUGUGUGACUGAUGUUGAAGUUCAAGACGUUAGAAAAGCCGAGUCUCAACUGGGCUGUGAUGGGUACAAGGCCUUACCGUUACACGAUCAAAACCGACAACAAUUGCAACCAGUACCGUUACACUAUUAAAAUGAGCUGAGUGCCAGUUGGCACGGCCGAAUACCGCAAUUCAAGGUUUCAUUGGCAAAACAACGCUACUGGUUUUAACUAGGCCCAGCAGGACGCAAGCUAGGAUCGCGUACAAAGGAAAACAAAUUGGUUGUACAAUACAAAUGCCUGCUGUCUCCAAAUGCAGUCCACGAUAUCGCAAAGAGUCACUCUUUUGGUAUGGCGGCCGCGGAUUUGGAAUAGGUGACGAAACUCAUUAAAUGUUGUAAGCGAAAUUCAAGUGGCUUACAUUGGGCAUUAUUGCUGAUGUUUACUAGACUAAUUUGAAGUGCAGAAGGCUCUUUACUGGUGAGGGAUUCUUUUCUGUUUUCACUUAAAGCAGAACACGUCAGUUUAAGGUUAAACGGGGUCUUUCCUGUCAUAAAAGUAAUUUCCUAUGCUACUGAGUAUCACAAGCUGAGGUCGCUUGUUUCGUGCGCAUUGCUGUUUAAGCGUGUGACUGCGACCACGAAAACGUUCGGUCCAUCCCUUAUAGAGGUUGAAAAUUGGAUUUGGCGUUUCGGAAGUCCAGGUGGAGCCUGGUAUGAGAAAUCGCAUCAUUAUCGGAAAACGAGGGACGGAUUCAGCUUUACACUUUAUAAUUUGCAAAGUUUUGGCACUUUUGCAGUAAAGUGCAGCAGCAAACACGUUUGAUAGUAUUUCGUUUAACCCAAUCAAAAGGCGUUAACAAAUAUAUAAGUAGCAACCGGCAAAUACUCCCACUUUUCUUUGUCAUGCCGUUCAGUAAAAAUGACGGCAUUUUUUGUCUGCAGUCGAUUUUGCAUGGAUACGGAAAUUAGCAGCCCAAGGACUGUCGAUUAAGCCCUUGGUAACUAUUUUCAAUAUCACUCUGUGACGGAGUAUUAGUGAGAGAACUGUGCCUAUAAAUAAGCAGGAUGGACCGAAACGAUCCAAGAGUGCCCAAAAAGACGACCGAAUUAGUCGGACACUAAAAAGUACUUUUUAUAUGUCCAUUAGCACUAUAAAUAAGAAGCAUCUAUUAUUUUUCCAUUUGGCCGUAACUAGGAAAAGGAGAUGGGAGCUUGAACUGCAGCCGUAAAGUGCCCAUAAAACUGGCUACCCCCGGUGGUGAAAUGAACGAGAAGUGGGGCAACUGAGACUUGAAGGUGAAGAGUCCUUGCGUUCUAGAUAUCAGCCAACGUCGACACGCAUAAUCCCGCGCAAUCAUUCUCGGGCUUUUAGCUCUGCAAGCUGGUUAGUUCAGAUGUCGUGUCAACGCAACUGGUUUUUCCUUUCUAACAAGUGGACAAAAAUACUUGAGUGAUUUAGGAAUCUUAGACAGUUUUACACGGGAUGUUUUUUCUCCGGAAAAUGUCCCCUACUCUAGUAUUAACCUGUAUUUACCCCGGCUACUGCCGAAGUAUAGUGUUUGGGCCCUCUCUCUGAAUGAAAUUAUUUGUACUAUGAUUUAGUUUUUUUGCGUAAUUACCCCAGGUACUUAAACUGCCCGCAGCCAGGUCAAUAUUUAUGUGAGUUUCUUGGUCAUCGAGUGGACCAGAACAGAACUUCAUAUCCCGUUUCCUGUAAAAUUUGUAAAAAUUUUACAGCAUUGACUACGGUCAGCAAGUUGCUCCUCGAAUGUAGGCAUUUUGUUGCAGUCGCGCGUGGAAUGCUGUGGAUCUUACUGCCUAUUUGGUUUUGCAAGAGUCAAUCAGCCUUAAAGUGCAAACCUUGUUUUUGGCCGUUUUUUCUGUCCCUUGAGACCAGGAGCUUCCAAUUUUCUUUUACUUCUACAUAUAUCACCAUCCUUCAGCCCAAUUUUCUACAUUAUUUUGAAUGCGACUUCCUCCUCCUAAAAUGUUCGUUCACCUCAUUAUCCCUCCGGAGUUUCGUGAUUGACAACAGACAGGAUUCUUAUUUCACGUUGGAUAUUAAUUUGGCGUAGGCUUAGGUGCAUCUGAGCUAAUUUUCUGGGCUUUUCCUGGGAGGCCAGUUGGCUUAUCGCCUUCGGGUUCUUGUCCCCAUCACUUAUUCUGACAUUUCCGACGCGAUCUGUCGACCGUUGUUACCCACAAUGUCCACCGUGCGCUUCAAAGCAGGGUGGGAACAGGGACGGUGACUUGCAUGGGGAUUAGUGAUAGUAGACUUGCGCAGCAUCCAACUCGCCCUCUCUUUUUCGCCCACUUUAGCCCGGUUUCAAGACGAAAUUAGGAAAACCGUGUACAGAAUUGAGCACGGGUGGCUGGCGCGAUGUGAGCGCGGACAUAUGCGUGCCGCCACACCUCCACGUAUGACGCUUAUGCGGUGUGCAGUGCACGAACGCGUACCGGACCCUGAUCCGGUCACCGUAUUGCUACAGCGAAUUUCACACGUAGGUCUUUGCAGGGACAAGGUCUACCGCCAAUGUAAACAUCUACCAAACGGGGGAAAUAAGUCGGGCAGGUAGUACUAGGAAGCAAACGGGCAUGAAAUUGGCUACCUUGGAAAAUAUCCGUGUCGCUGUUAAUAAUACCCACUGUCAUAAGCUAACAAAGAGGUGUGCCAAAACUGGACGGUGGAUGUUUGAUAGGGAGAGGAAAAUGGCCAGGUUCUAGCGAUAGUACGUUUCAGAAGCUUGCUGGUCACUCUCUGUUUUUAUUUGAAGGAUACAGUGAGCAGUCUUUCUCACAUAUCAACAUGUAUGUUCGAACUGUGGCAGAACCGCAUGUUGCAUGUCAUUCACAGUCAAAAUUGAGAGUUAUGGCCUGGAGAUCAGUCUUAGCAGACAGCGGAUUUAGGGCCUUUGUAAAAAUGUCCGUUUUCUAAAAGGCUGUUAAAGCCACCCCUCACUGCUGUGGGUUCGAAUCCCAACGAGGCGCCGAGUUUUUCACAGUUGGGUCAAAAUUCUGUUAAGGUAACUAUUAAUUACGUGAACCUGGUAGUUACCUGGGGAUUCUAGAUGCAUUAAUUGAGAAAUCCUGCUUGGGCAGUCAGCUUGCUGUAUCAGACUUGGCGGAUUCCAGACCUUGCAGACCUGGGCAACUUGACCCAAGUGUGAUUAAACUCACGUCUCCUGGUGGGGUCUCUUAGCUCAGGUGGCAAGAGCUUUGGCUGUACUCAAGCCUCCUCUAGUUGUCGUGGAUUCGAAUCCUACUGAGACACCGAGUUUUGUGCAGUUGGGUCAAAAUUAAAAAGUCCACUUGCAAGUGCUAAGGUCAUACAUAUGAACAGCUGUACUUUCUUUCCUUUUGACGGCAUUAUUAAGACUCGAGUAUCAAUAGUACGCGUUAUUUUUCGUUUGUUGUUAUUUGUUCGGCUAGUUGAAGACUAAGCAUUUCCCUCUGUCCGUUUAUGUGGAGACACUCCAAAUUUUCCAGGCCCCAUAGGCAACUUAAGAACAACAUACAUCCCUGGAAACAUACCUGUUUUCUGAAAAACCUAUCCUUCAUUUCUGCUUGAUACUGCAGCAUGGGAGGAAGUCGCACCUGACAUGCGUGAGUUCAGUGUUUCACUAGAUUAUUGAAGAAAGAGUAGUCAAAAAUGUAUCCGUCUUUUUUAAUUAAAUAAUUCAGGCCAACCGUCUGGCCUUGCAACGCACCUUUAGAUAAGCAAAGACAACCUAAACCGCGUUUCAGUACAGGACAACCAUAAAUAGGGUCCUGAGCCGACUUAUACAUUACAGCAUACCGACUUUGAUUACGUAUAACCCUGGUUAGCAACUAUUUGCAAAUAAAGUUUUUAAUUCAUGUGCAUCUUUAAUGCACAACCAAGUUUUAUAGUUGUCCCUGUGGCUUGUCAACUGUAUACUGAAUACAGUUUCUAAGUAAAUCUUCACGUCCUCCUGAUGAAACUUCCAAUGUUCGCGAGUAUUGCAGUUCAGAUAGCUCAGUCUGCUAAAACGGUUGGACUGCAUAUCGGAAAGUUGAAACAGCUCAGUCUGGAAGUGUCUCAAGUACUUAACUAUCAAAAGUAAGUAACGACUUUUCUCAUUGCAACUUUCACAGGUAGCCGAAAGAAUGCCCAAACAAAAGCUUGAAGGCCUUGGUACCCAAAACCCCAGUCGGAAUUUCGGUCAAACCUUUCUGUAGUUCACUAAUGCCCCUCAAAAACGGAAGAUUUAACCGAGGAGUUAACUUCAUAUUGGCAAUAAUUUAUGGGAUUUUCUCAUCAGAUUUCUUGUAGUAUUUAAAUUCUAUUUACUACGUUAGAGAGAAACCAGUAACUAGAACACCAUCAACUGCGUCCGAGGUGUAAACUCGGAGGCCAGAGAGGCUGCCCUCCGACUAUAUCCCAUCCCCUUAACACCUCAGCCAUUCAUUCACUAGCAAUCCUGGUCUGCAAGUGGACUACUGCGGAACAAAUUUCGUCCGCGCUUAACGUAAUUUCGCACUUACUUGUGGACGAUAUCCAUAAAAGCCACAUAGAUUUAAUUUCAUAUUUAGUCUCUGGGUAUGCCAGGCGCGAUUUUUAUUGAGCUAGACACUGUAGAUAGGAGAGAGGACAUUUUAUCGAAUCAAAAAGCACACGACGAUUAUUCAAGACAGUACAAUGGUUCUAUUUCUGAGUCAACGGGCGGGGUCUUAAAAUCGUAUAAUCAUUUACCAUGCUGACAACAUAAGCUAAAAGUCCAGACAGGCGUGUUUCGCCGAUCAUGUGCCGCUGCAUGAUGCAGCUGCGAGGAGUUCGGAUAAACAUUGGAUCCCCCAGCCUUCCCCGUGUGUGUUCUGGUAUAUGAACUCCAGUUGCACUCCGCCUUGUUUAAUUUCCGAUAAAAUUAAUGCGCGAAAUUGGAGUAACUCCUUCGGAACAUACUUUUUCAGGUUGGUCCUGUCUGUUGGCGGUUUGUGAAUAUUACACGGUUAUUCCGCAGUAUUUGAUGGAUUUCAACUCAAAUAUUCGUAUCAAAUUUUAGACCGUGCCUAAAAGGGUCUGUUCGGAAGGAUUUACUCCAAUUUCGCGCAUUAAUUUCCUAGGAAAUUAAACAAGGUAGGACUUAAAUGUCUGCAGUAUGACGUAAGUGCAGCGCCUCCAAUUGGUACUGACCACUUUAUCCAAACACUAGGUCCUAUCCGUAGCCUGCUCGGGAAAAUUUUAUGUGAGUUACUUUUUGGGCUUUUGUGGAUUUUAAAUUUUAACGGGAACCUCAGCUGUCUUUAGAUUUUUUGGAACGUUGGCGUUUGAAUAGAUAUCAAAGUAACAUAUUUAACAGGACGUUUAAGUCAAUCAAACUUUAUCUGCAUAAUAUGCUGCUUGUGAGAGUGUCUUAGUGUGCGUUGUUUGGAUAUUUCUAGAAACGGCAAGAACACUGCUGCAGUUUCAAGCAAUGACUACAGUUGGAAAGCAACCAACGGACUACCAGAUAUCCGUAAUUAAGGAACAAACCAUACCUAAAAGAAAGAAAGUUAAAUAUCAAAACUGGACAUCCUAAGGAAGCAGUGGGUACCGUAAACAUCCUUUAUAAUACUCUCGUUUUUAACUAGAUGAAGGCAAACUAAUGGUAGUCGGACGCCUAUUGAUCGUGCUAUGAGACUCCCUCAUCCUUUUAUGCCUCGGGACUCUCUCUCUCUCGAGCCCUGCCAGCAGCCGCACUGCAGCGCUCAAUGUAGGCAGAGUAACGUUACUGACAGAGACAAGGGAGACAGACGCAGCCAUUUCUGGUUUAUUAUCCGUCGUCAGCCCGUCAUGCCCAAACCUGAGGUGUGUAACAUCUGGGGCUCAGUUUCGCGACCUGUUGGUUAGAAGUCCAACGCCCUAACUACUGAGCCGCGGGUUCGUUACACUGUCAGUUGCUAUCGGGUAUAUACAACGGUAGACAGACCAGUCACAAAACUGGCCCGAAAAUGGAUGAGAUAUAAAAGACAGUGUUGCCUAUCUUCACUAUUUCAAGUUAGUUGCACGUCGUUUGUGGUCUGGAGGCAAAAGAAUGCCACUGCACUCAGAAAAUUAGUAGUCACGCCAGGGGAAAGAUGAAUUAAUCUGGAUUGUGUAGUGAAGAAGAAGGAGAAGAAACUCUUGUCUUGUUGUCCUCCAUGCAGGUUUACCACAGUAGUAAUCGAACAAUCUUUCACGUUUAGAUGCAUCCUCUUAUGUCAUUGUCAGUUCUUAAGUGUCGUUUGUGGAGUAAAAACGUUAACUAAGAGCGUACAUGAAACGACUAUCUUCAUCACCUUAACUGGAGCCAUAUAGUGUUAUAAACCAAGUAUCCAGUAUUUGUGUUGAUUUUUGUGCUUAUAAACGCUAACUAUUAGCUCUCAACGUGUAGAGGCCUGUGUGAUCAAUCCACGUGGACAAAAUAACGGAUGCUUCCAGAGCGUUUGGUGUCCUAGCCAAUUUUCCGCCCGUCAACAGUCGUGUGCACAGUGGGCGGCGCAAGGCAUGUACGUGUACGCACAUGUUUGGACGUUCAGUACAGAUCCUUCUUUGAAAAUUCUAACUAAAAUUGGUUGUGUUUCUGUUAACUAACAGAAGUCUUGGUCUAUGAGAAGGGACGCAGGUUCAAGUCAGGAACGGAGGUUUUGUUGACUGGUGUGGAAGAUUGACCACAAUUCGCCAAUCCAGCGUCACCUGUCGUUAUCAUCAAUACUUGUCAGUUACCGAAUACCAAUCCCCACGAGGCUUCUUGCAAGGUCUCUAGAUCUGAAAGUUCAGGGCUGAUGUGAAAAAAAGGAACUUACGUUCUGCAUGCAAGAAGGAUCGAUGGCCGCUGUCGUCAUGCCACUUUACACAAAUUCGAUUAUAGCUGACAGACAGUGCUCGGUUGGCUGACAGCCAACUUACUCAAACCCAAGCAUCCGGUGUCCUAAUGGCGGAAUGGUUUCUCGAAUACCUCAGAAAUGUUCGUUGCGAUGUCCUUUGUCCAUGUUUUUAACGCCUGUCAGAUUUCGGUAUCUAGGUUUCUGUCUUGCUUUUGCUACUCUUGUCUGACAGGAAGCUGACAACCCCCCCCUUUGGUAUCUGAGCACCGUGGCUAACUGCCUCUGCUGUGCGUCUGUUUGUCUAAGGAAGGGCUGACAAACUCAAUCACCCUAGUCGACUGUUACAACCACAGAGAGGACCAGAUGAUUGCUUACACUCGCAGGCUUCACAGUGGCAAUGAGAACCCUAUGAAAAGCUACAAACUUGAGCCCACGUUUCUGUCCGAGCGACCGGUAUUCGCGAUCAAAUCGUAAACGAGUUCAGGUGGCAGCUCUGUAGACGUGAACUUGCCCACAAACACUGCUUCCUUUAAAGUUCCCGAGUUAUCAUCAGAGUUGUCACAAAUAAGGAGUCUGUAGUACGUCACCUAUCUCAUGAAACCUGAUGACAGAAACGGGUAUGAGAAUUUUCGGACACCACAGCCAUUGAGCAUUUUUAUCGCUCGCCCAGCUCUUUCAGGCAAAUUCCCUUUUGCAGAAAAUUAGUCUGAGCAGUUUUUUCGAACCAAAUCUGCACAAAUUUGAGCACAAAUGGACGUCGCGAUAUAUUUGGCAAUUUUCUAGGAUAAUACCUGUCCUAAAUUUCGGUUGCGCAUUUCAGCGUGAUUUUCGUUGAAUGGAGAUCAAUUUGCUCUUGAGAGUUUUACUAAACAGAGCAUGCCGCACUUGAAAUCCGAUUUUCGUUCGAUGUUAAAUGUGGGAAUCAGUUUGCAAAAUUGCGAAUUAUUUUUAGAAAAUCAAGCGUUUUAUUGACUUUUAGAAUUCAGAUUGGCAAAUCCAUGUGAUUUCGUGACAUAAAGUGCAGUAAUCACCUAGUAUUCAGCAAAAUUUCAAGGCCGAGCUGAAAGUCAACGUAAUCCAGAACAAACGAUGAGCACAAAUUCAUUUCACGGAGAAACGUUCCCGUUUUAUACACACUUUUCAUUUUCGUCUGACGACGGGUUGGUGUAACCGACUUGAAAAUUCACGAGUAUACCUCGAUUUUCCGACGAGCCUUCUCCUUUUACACAUUGAUGUGUUUACGACUUCACCUGUAAAUUCUGCUAAAAUUUAUUAGUUUCUGAUCGGUCUGGCAACGUGUUUGCUUAUGAAAACGUUUAGCUCUAUGACGUCCUUGUCGGCAAAAUCAAGCAAUAUCCUGUUUGUCGCAGUGAACCACAUCUCAAUCAAUGCAAAGCUUAAAAGACACAAAAGAAUUAAUGUGAAGUCGUUUUUGGACCUAUACGCAGAAUAUAGGCUGUUGACAAAGCACCAUACCUGACGUUACACUAGUCUCAAAGGAUUUUUAAAUGUAAACUUCACUGAAAGACUAUUUUUAGACGUUAUUCAAUUUUUACUCUCAGCUUUAAUCAGUGUUUGGCAGAGGCCGGCUUUCUGUACACCUAAAACUGAAGUUUAUACAAUUACAAUCAUUUUGACCAUUUCUAAAACUUCCCGAUUUUUUAAAGAUUUAGUAUUUCUAAUCAACGUAACAUCACCUUUAAUAUUUCUUUUAAGUUUUUGAUUUCCUUAAAGUUGUUUUCUAUUGGUAUAGAUAUUGGGUCCAUGCACUGGUGUCGGUUUGUUGGUAAUCAGCAUUCACUUGUAGAAUUCGAUACCUUUCAUCAGGUAGGCCGCAUACUGUACCUUUUUCCUGAUUUAUCUAGUUUGCCUGAAUUUGGCCCCUUCCCAUUUUUAAGCUGCAGCCUUUCACAAUGCACGGUUAAGGGUUUUCAUCAGCGGAUACUUUCUACUGUAACUUGUAAUAACGCACCCCUUUGUGGGUCUUGGUUGUUAAAUUGCAGAACUUAUAGCUAUUAUGUCUGUCGUUCCUUAUAUGCCCGACAGUGUGCGAGGCCUCCGGUUCGGGUAACGAUUAGAGGGUUGUGCAAUUUAUUAUAGCCUCGCGUAAUGAAAUGAAAAGCCCAAGACAGUUCGUGCUCUGAGACUUUGUCUGUUUGGGUCAGAUCAGAAACAGGCGGACUUUUCUUAACCUUUUCACACAAACAGUGGUCACUUGAAAGGGUCCCUAGAAACAACUUCCGAUUAAACUUUCUGAGCGAUAUCUAAAGUCGAAUAUGUGCUUGUUAGGCUAAUUAAUGCACUUCUCGCAUCUGUUUACAACAUAAGAAGUAAACAAGAGUGACGAGCGUGUGUAUGGUUUUGUACUCCAUUCUGCGUUCUCAGGCAGCGCCGAGAACAAAGUAAUCGACUUCGUACUUUGUUUACACUUGAAAUCGGAUCAGGGUUCGGAGUGGUUAUGCGUAUUCCUGACCACCAAGGGUUCCAUGCAUGCCGAAGUGUUUUUGGACACCGCAGAUAAGAUUGAGUCUUCGUGCUGGGGCAGAGGCUUAACACCGAGCCAGCAAUCUGACUGGGGACUAGUAGAACCGCCAGCACUGCCGACUCCCCUCCAGACAGUGACCUAGGGAUCUCAACUUGGGAGGGAAAAUCAUUCAGUUUUUUGACGUCAAAGUAAAAAGAACAAACUCUGCAGUUACUUUGGCGAACGGCAGUUGCAAUGGUAUUGAUCUUUUACGAAUUUACUCUAAGUAGAUAUUUUCAAAUCCCAGGCCAUUUAAUCCUGGGUCUGAGUAAGACGAGCUGAUGGCAACGGUUAAUAAGCUAGAGAUAACCCCUCUAGUCUCACGUGUCUUUGUUGGUACACAUCUGCAUCAUUAAAAAUCGCUAGGAGAAUUGCUGACUGAAACCUAGAGCGCAGUUCCAUUACAGUUAAAAUUACCGAUCACAACCGCAAGACAAGGGUACCGUGAUCAAAAGUGAAGUGCUGGACGUAAUAACGCUCGAAGACGGAAGAACGUAUUCCUGCCUCAGGUUCUAACAAUCUGGGAUUCAGUAAGAUUGACUAAUUCCGGCUAAUGAGCCAGAAAUGGCUUCUGCAGUCCCCCUGUCUUUGACGGUACUGCUUUUCCAUCAUAAUAUGUUUAUAUAAAUAUUUAUUUAUGGUAGGGGACCCCUCACCGAUCAUGUCACGGAACUCACUCGUCCCGCUCUGCCUUGGGGCUCUCUUUUGAGCCCAACCAGCAGCUGCACAUCGCCGCGUGAGGUAGACAGAGUAACAGGACGAGUGUGUUCCGUAACACGAUCUGUGAGCGCCCCUCUACCAUUGUCUAUUCCCGAUCAAAACCAACAGGACAGCGAGCCGUGGCUCUGUGGUUAGGAGUGUUGGUCUUCCAACUAACAGUUCGCAGGAUCAGACUCCAGAUGUUCCACAUCUCAGGCUUGGGUAUGACUGGCUGACGACGGCCAAUAAACCAGAAGUGGCCAUUCUAGUCUCCGUUGUUUUCGUCGGUAUUGUUACUCAAUCUAUAUUUAUCCAUAUAUUCAAAGAUAAACAGAAGCACUUCGACUUACAGGCUUCCCGAAGUAAACAAGCUCCAAAUGGGUGGCAGAGGUCACGAACAGGCACCUAUCUGCCAGGCUGAACUCAACCUAGGUAUGCGUGCGAAAGAAGACGACGACAGACAAUAGAGGUGUAUUGAAACACAACUGUUUCGGGCUUAUUCUGCCUUCACUCAGCCCGCCAUAAUUCUGAAGCCAAUGUACCGAUGUGGGCCCAUUCGUGGGAGAAGUAAUGCCUGACCUGUAGCAACAGAUAUUGUCAAGUGGGGGCGCACUGAUGUGCCUUGUUUCGAUGAAGUGCUCAUUGUUUAUCUGAUAGACCCCGUUUGUGGGCUAUCUGAGUAUGUUUCUGGUCCCAGAUGAUGGUCAGGAUAAUGAUUAACUAUCUGAAGUCGAGAUAGUUUCGCGAAAAUUGCGCAUCAUUCUGCUUCUUUUCCUGAAAUCGCCAUCCCGAGUAUGGUAGACUUCAAGCCACGGCUUUUGGUGCAUUCAAGCCUGUCGGAAUGCACCGAGGUGCCAUGAGGAUGAACUCUACAAAGUCGGCCCCACUCUCCCUUCCCUCUCCCAUGCAGUAGUCAAUUUGAUGCUGAGGUCGCACUCAGUGGCAGACGGAACCAAACAGCCCAUUACGCGUGCCACAUACCGCCCGACCGCCCCCACCCCAACACAAAACACCAAGUUUUCACACGGAAGGGGUGAGCUGCUCGAAUUUCAUGUGGGUUAAAGUGCCAUAGAGGCCACAUGGAGAAGGAGCCGAUGCACACUCUUUUAAGUUGCAAAUGACACUUACUAAUUCUCCCCCCCCCCUUCAUCACGUCAGCGGACAGACGCGCGCGUAGACCGCUCGUCGGAGAUUCCGAAUACCAACAGGCCUGUGUGCUGAAUAUGCGGUUCCUGCUGGUGUCCUUCUCCUUCACCCCCGAAACAGGGCUGGGCCCCGAUUACUGUGUUGGUCAAGGUGCUUUCAUUACUAGGGUCGCUAUGGUUCAACUGCUUCCGACCAAACUCCUACAAGGGGUAUAGGUUAUGGACUGUUUUAUCCCCGUUAAUUGUUAAGGAUGAUUCUGUGACCGCCUUUGGUUGAUACUGAACUAGGCACCUACCGUGGCAUUUUCACAUUUUUCGAACGCGGAAUGACUGUUUGGGAGUCCGCUCGUAUUACUAGCUUUAAAUCACAUGUCUACUGGGCCUUCGACGUCUCAAUAAAUAUAGAAUUGGACCAUCUUUUUGGUGAAUGCUUUUGUUUCUUUUUCCCCGUCGUACACAUCAAAAGUUGCUGCCCCUUUCAUGGCCUUGCUCUACAGCCAUUGGGUGGUCUAAUGGAUAAAGCUUUGUCUCGUUCACUAGAGUGUCAACGUCUAGGCCCGUUUCUCUGUCAGUUGUCCUUCGACGGUUCAGACCAGAUGGUGUUGAAAGUAAGUUAUUAUUUGGGUUGUAUGGUAUACCAUACUCGAGACUACAGAUACUGGCCAAGAGUCGAAAGCCGUGUUUCGCCUAUAUUUGCCCGUUGUACGCCACAGCUACGAGGGGUUCGGCCCAUCGGUGGGUCACCCAACAUGCCCUGUGUGCCAGCUGGUAGAUACUUCAGUUUUGAAAGCGCGGCUUUUUAAUUUCCUCACAACCUGAUUGUUAACUUGGAGUAAAUCAACCUAUUUUAGACGUAUAGGCUCAGAGUGGAAUUUGAUAUGGAUAUCUGGGUUAAAGUCUAUCAGUCACAACGGGAUAACUGUGUAAUAUUCAUAAACUACCAACAGGCUAAAACACUUAGUCUUUACUCGCUGCGGCAGCACAAAAGUGCAGUGGAAGUGCAUUCACCGAUCAUGUUGUGGGAUAUGCUCGCAACUGUCAGAACACCGGAUGCGUGGCCUAGUGUUAGGGCGUUGAACGUAAUAACGCUCAACGACCGGUGAAUUCGAAUUCGAAUCCCAUGUUACACAAAGCUGGAUUUGAGUAUGGAUGGCUUACGAUGGCUAAUAAGUUAGAAGUGCCUUUCUAAUCUCCCAUGUAUCUUCUUGAACUUCUUUCUCACAAAUAGAAUAUGUUACUGAGAUCUUCAGAUACAUGAAGUAAAAUGGUUGAAAGAAUGCAAUAGCAAAUACGAGGAAUCACGCAGCCAUUAAUUAAUCAACAGAUUAACGGCUGGGGAAUUAAGGACAACCAUUGACGGUAAAUACGAUCCAUUACUAGGUGGAUCGUGUCGAAAAAAUCAUCCCGCAAGAAAGAGCCAGGGGCAGAACUUCAUUGAAAAGACUAUUUAAAGACAUGGAAUUUGCAGAUGGUCACAGUCUGGAGAAGCACAAAGUUGAUUUGUGCUAAUUUAAUAGACGGAAGCUAGUAUGUGAUUAAAGUGAUGCAUCAUCCAGGACUUCCUUACAAAGCCUCAUCAUCCUCUGCUUACUGGCUCAGAACAAUGUCACAAACCCAAUUGUAUAAAGUGAAUAAAGAUGACGGGCCGCACGACACCUCAGAGUGCUACAACAUCUUUGGGAAGAAGGAUGCCUUUGCAAUUUCCCUGUCGAAUAAAUUGUUUUCCAGAUGAAAAAUCGUCUGCAAGCCGGUAAAAUGUCCAACCGUAAAUGCCAAAUACAUAUGUCACCAUACACAGAAAAUUGUACGGAAUUUCGGCAAAGUCAGUAUAAAUGUCCAUAAACGUGUAAACAUUGGCAAGACAGUCGUUAUGGAUGACUCGCAGAAUAGUGUGGGCAGGUAUGGCAACAGCGGAAAACAUGUUCGUUUUGAUUUUAUUGAAAAAUUAAAGUUAUCAGCAAAAUAGUCUACGGUUGCUUUUCCUAAAUUCUCGUCAGGUCGGUUAUUUUUUUAUGGUAAGGGGGUAAAGCCAAACAUGUCGACGAUUAAAGAAAUUCAUUGAAGUUUAUCUUAAAACACAGGCAGGGUGUCGGAAUAUGAGGGAUCAAUAAGAGUCAAUGCCAUGGGCCGGGAUGAAAGGGAAAGGGCGCGGAGAGUGAUGUGUAGUUGGUCGACCUUAGACCACGAUAAGCACGGAGCUUUAAAGAGGUUCUCCUGAGCGCACAAGACCGACUUUCGUAACCUGAUAACCGCCGCUACUGCUGUUGCCAAAAGAGGCUGGCCCAGUAGCUCGAUAGGGCCUUAUAAAUCACGCGAAAAGCUUCGCCUGGGGUCCACGCAGUACCCGAAAUCAACAACGUGUGCGAUAAUAGCGUUGUUUACGCUCCAAGCUUCGCCUUUUGCCAGCCACGCCGAGAGGUUUUCACGUAUUUUUUCGGAUAGAGGUCGACUCGGGUGGCCAAUAUACGCCUGCUCCACAGGAACAAGUAAAGGACUAAAUGCACAUUGGUGUGGCCUAUGAUGGUAACUUAUUCUUACCUUCUCCGUACAAAUAGGGUUAGUAGACAAUUAUACUCGAACUCUAGCUGAUGAGGAGGUUCGUGAGACAGCUUGGUCAAGGCGUCUUCUAAGGGUCUCACUUGCAGAGUCGCCUUGAAAAGGACCUUUGAGGAAAAGUUUUUUCCGCAGUCAGUGUGUUGGGUUUUGCUGGUCUCUUGGCAAUACUGUUUGCAAUAAACCUGCCAGGAUGCCCGUCCUCACGAAGCAAGCCCUUGAUCUUUCUAAGCUGCUCCUCGAUAUUGCCUGCGAUUAGGAUUCUCCAGCCCUUUGAGUCAAACACCGGACGAGAUUUCCUUUUUUGUUGGAGAGACAUGAAACUAUCAAAGUUCAUGUAUUGUCAAGACCGAGUUUUUUUUUCUAAAACGCUCCUUCAGACGCUACCGUCUGGUCUCCUGUUUAGAAGGACAUUUAAGAAAGGGGGCGAACCAGCCGUUCCCAUCUUCAACGUUAAUUUGAUCGAAGGAUGAGUGUGAUUUACAGCGUUUAAGAUAGGGGCUACGUCGAUUUCGGUGAUGGCAGUUUUGGGGUGUAAUCAACGCAACGAUCGCAAUGUUUAAGCUAAGUGAUCUGAUCGUUUAACUGAAAUUUCUCCAGAUUACCCAUAAAGACAUCAACUAUGAGAGGUCCGAGGGGUGAACCCCUAACAACGUCGUCUGUUUGACAAAAAAGAAACUGGGCGUUUAAUGUGCAUCUUGGUAAUGGUCCGUUGAGUGUUUUCGUCGAAAUUCCUAUUUCUCGCUAAUGCGUUGGUAGGAAUUCGCAGAUGUAACCAACUGUCUCGGUGACCGAGACGUUUGUAUAAAGUGAUAAAACGUCUAGCGAGAACAUCACCAUGUCGCAUUUCAAUUUGAACAGAAAAGUGCAGGUUGUCAGGGACAGACUAAGACGAGGGCAGAUGUUUAGUUCAGUAACCCCCAGGGAAGCUAAGGAGCAUGCGAUGGGGUUGAAGGACGGAAAAGCACAAGUUUCAGGCCUUUUACUAAUAGCAUUUGUGUAAACAGUAUGCUUAGAAUUGAAUUCCUCGGCAUCACUGAGGGGGAGGUAAACAUGAUGCUUUAAGGCUAACGAAGGCUGAACUUUGAAGGACUGAAUGAGAGACAGAAAGGCACAAUCCAUUCCAGCCCAUACUGAGCAACAGACUUUUAAAGGCUUUUCAUUGCCUCAAGUACAGAUAGUUGACAUUCAUAAUAGACCACGCGAUUAGAAGUUAGAAAAUCCAUACAGCCAAAAUUAGGCAAAUAAGAUCAAAACCGGCAUUUCGAAAUAAUCUGCGGUGAUAUCGUUUUCAACAUUGAGGAAGUAAAAUUCGACAAACACACGUUCUUGGUUGCUCAUAAUCAGGCCUGCAUGUUAACAUGCGCCAAAUUAGGGCAGUGAAUGAUGAAAAACAAAAAUUAUGGAAAGGACAGAUGACGUUUUAGAAGAGCGGGGAAUUAUGAUCUAGUUUUGUGGUCGGGGCAAUGAAAGGAUGUCAGCUUUGUGCGACUCUGUUUCGUCAGUGUAAUAGGAUGCGAGUAGGCAUGUGUGAGGUUCAGGAUGGGACAGGGCAAUUGGAUAGUUUGAACAGACACAUGGUUAGCUAUCUGUAUGGCUACAACCUGCGCUGUUAAAAACAUUCGCUCUAAUAAGAGUUUAAUGUUUCGCCGGCGCCAUGCAGACAAAUCAAACUGAUUCAUUAGCGACGACUGUCAUUCAAGUGGACCACAUUUGCAUUGAAGCUGCACUUUAGUUUGUCUUGACUGAGCUAAGCACGAUUAUAGCCUCACAUCCGUCUGUAAAUUAGCCUGUAUUUCAAACAAUAUUACCAGUUCUGUGAGAAUAAGUAAACGUGUAUAUCCACAUUAAGAAGGUCCGAAAAGGUACUCUAACCUUGACUCCGAUAAGAAAAAAAGGCCAUGCUCGAGAGAAUUAACUUAUUUCUUAGCCGCUGGCUAAUUAAGAGCAGUAGCAAGGUUCUGGUCAGAUCACCUCAAAAAGGCAAUUAGAUGAUUAUUUCCUUCUCUUUAACUGUCGGCGCGUUCUUUUAUAUCGGUUAUCCCUCCAUUUUUCUUGUUAGGAGACUUGUUAGUAGCAGCGAAGAGGUAAGUUCCAGGAAGUAAUUGCGAAGAAGGAGAUAAAAUCGCCGGAACAAGAGCUUUAUUAGUCUGACGUUUCGGAUUCUCACUUGAAUCCAUCAUCAAGGACAGAGUCAGAUAGGAGUGGUAAAUUACCCAGUUGUUGCAGUAUUUAUAGGAUGCAAUCGCUAGGCCCCUACAUGCCUAUCUGUCUCUGAUGGUGGAUUCGAUGGAAAGUCCGAAACGUAAGGUUAAUAAAGCUCUUGUUCAAGCGAUCGUGUCUACUUCUUCGCGACUACUUCCUGGAACUCGCCUCUUCACUUCUAUUAACAUUUUGUUUGGGCGCAACGCGCUUCGAUCGGUCCGACAAUGGGAAACCUCCGCCCAUCGAGGAGCCUCUACGCAUGCGCAAAUUCGGUUUCUGCACAGGUGCCCCGACAACAACGUGUUACCGAAAUGUAUCUCAUACAAGCCCCCCGACAAACAUGGAGUCGGCAGGACGAGCAGUAUGUUUCAACAUGACAGAAAAAUGAUGCGAGCACCCCUUCAAGACUGCCACACCAGGAUUGGCAAUGACCGCCAGAGAAGUGACCUAGAGAAGACCAAAUGCCAUGAGUUCGUUGGCGGUUUAGGUACAAAUCUGCUCCGCAGGUGGUGUCUGAACGUGUCCGUGAACAUACGACGGUACGAGACGCAGCUUUAGUGAACAAAUUUGACAAGCUACCCAAUCCAGCGUCGCCCAAAAACGACAGAAUGGUGCACAACCUGUCGUCAAAGGAGCUGGCGAAGGAUCGAAUGCAGGCCCUGCGGCACGAAGCUUCAUUCAACACAGUUAAUGCAAAACCCGUCAGCGUGAUUGCAGCGGUGGAAUCUAUCCUCAGUCAGACGGAGGCGACGGACGAGAUCAAGAACCUCAUCCGACACCAAAUAUCAUUUCUGUUUAUGGCUCACAAACUGAGCGAAGUGCUGCCCAAGAUCGAACGUGCUGUACUUAAGGCACUUAAGACCAAUAAAGAUAUCGUAAUCGUGCCUGUGGACAAGCGGUGCUCCACGGUUGUUUUGGACAGGACAGACUAG